GUAUGCCGAUCAAAACCGAUACCUCCGACCUGCCAGCCAAUGAAUUCAUAGAACAGGCGCAAUAUGCCGUGCACGCAUGGAAGAACCAAAUCGAGGAGUGCAAACGGCUGCUCGACGAAGCAAUAUUGCAUGCGGCACAGCCACAGUCUACCGAUAGCGGUGAUAACCCAAGCACCAGCGUGCAGCAUAUUAUAAAAAUUGUUAAGCAACCUGAAGAGACUGACUCAUUCCGCGUAGAUGAUGCGGCACCAGCGGCCGCGGCAUCGAUCACGCCUGUACGUAGUCCUAAAGAAGCUAGUAGUAGCCACGCUAGCGUUAAUAAUAAUAACAACAAAAUUGCUGAUGAUAAUACAGCUGCGCUGAAAGCUAGAAAUAACCUAAUUUCUACGCUUAAAAUGAGCAACAAAAACGAUGAUAAACUUGCGGUUUCCAGUGCCGGUGCGAAGUCGGUGCAUGGCGACAAUAAUAAUGAUGCCGAUACCGAUAUCAACGAUAGCACCAACAAUAAACGUAAUGAGGAUUCGAAAAAGUGUCGCAGUGGCGAUGAAGAGAAGAAGCAAAGGGCUGUACCACCGCUGCUGAGUGUAUUGCAGGGUAUGGGAUUUUAGUUGAGGAUCUAUGCAUAUGUAUGUACGUGUUGCGUGAUCUAACGUGUUUAUUUUCGAUGCUCAAACAUUAUUUAAACAAAUAUGUUUUAUUCUUAAUAAACUGAGAG